CGAUCGGUUUAAGCCGCAUAUUGUAUUGUUCGCCUUGCAUCUGAUUGCCGCUCGGUCAUUGUCACGCUCGGCUCCCCUUUCUUUGUCACUUCCAGGACCCGAGCCCCACCUGACUGGGCAUGUCUCUGUUUGCCCCGUCCUCUCAAUCACAACCGGCAAAGUCCCAGCGGAUACUGGCAUGUGUUCGCUGCCAGCAACGUAAGGUCAAAUGUAAUCGCCAGUUUCCUUGCGAGAGUUGCAACACAUCCCGUGUAAAGUGUGUGCCGUCAACUCUAGCCCCGCGGGGCCCCAGACGACGCAGAUUUCCCGAACGGGAACUAUUAGAUCGCCUCCGCAAGUACGAGGACCUCCUCCGGGAGAACAAUGUCAAGUUCGAGCCACUGCACAAGGGUCUGGAGCAAGUGAGAGAACAUGAAGAUCCCCAAACGCAAGGAGACAACGAGGUGGACGACGAGUGGUCAGAAGCUUUCAGUGCAAAUUCGUCGUCUCCUUCUGUAGCUAUCAAGUCAGAAUGGAUGUAUGAUACCAAUAACAAGAUUUGGCAUGCUAUGCGCGAAGCGUACCGCGAUCCAAAUGAUGAUAGCGAUUCUUCAGAUAGAGAUCCUCCUAAUGUGAUCUUGAACCAUGCGUGGAAUCGAUACGUUGAGAAUGAUGACGACCUUCUUUUUGGCUCACGUAAAUUGGCUGUCGACAUUUGCACUUUACAUCCCGAGCCCGUUCAGAUAUUUCGACUUUGGCAGCUCUACCUUGAGAAUGUCAACCCUCUGCUGAAGAUUACACAUACUCCCAGUCUACAAGGACGCAUUAUAGAAGCCGCUGGUGACGUCUCAAAUAUCAAGCCCACAUUAGAGGCGCUUAUGUUUAGCAUAUAUUGCAUGACAGUUACAAGUCUCGAUCCUGAUGACUGUCUAGCCAUGUUUGGAUCGUCACAAGUAGACCUGUUGAGGAGAUAUCAAUUCGGAUGUCAACAAGCUUUACUGAAUUCUGGAUUUUUGAGGUGCCACGAACGCGACUGCUUGACCGCAUUGUAUUUCUACUUGAUCUCGGUCAGACCCAGCACAGCCCCUCAUGCUCUUUCCUCGAUGCUUGGCAUUGCCAUUCGUAUUGCCCAACGAAUGGGCAUUAACAGAGAAUUGUCGUUAGUUAAAUGCACUCCCCUCGAGGCUGAAAUGCGCCGAAGACUCUGGUGGUCACUGGUCCUUUUCGACACCCGCAUUGGCGAGCUUGCAGACUUCAAAGCCCCGACAUUGAAUUCCACAUGGGACUGUAAAGUUCUUAUAAAUGUCAAUGAUUCUGACUUGCGGCUCGAGAUGAAAGAGCCUCCACAAGUUCAGGGAACAUCCACAGAGGCAAUAUUCGCCGUUGUACGUAGCGAAAUGGCCGACUUUAUUCGGCACACGAAAUCCCACGUAACUCUGGAUAGUCCACCUGUUGUGGAUAAAUCUCAGCGCAGCACCACCCCACAGAGCUGCGACCUGGACAGCCUCGAAAAGAAAAUCGAGGACAAAUAUCUCACAUUUUGCGACCCUGACAAUCCACUUCAUUUCAUGACGCUCUGGUCAACACGAGCAUUCCUCGCUAGGUGUCGCCUGGCAGAACAUCAUUUCGCAUCUUCUGACACCUUUACCCCGACCGCCUCCAUUCCGUAUGCCCUCCAGAUGAUUGAAUACGACACAAAGCUUCGGAACUCACCUCUCUGCAAAGGAUUCCUCUGGAUAACAAACUGGUACUUUCCCUUCGCUGCAUACAUUCACAUCGCCCAAUACCUGACGGGACGACCUUCCAGUGAUUUCGCUGACCCCUCAUGGGAAAUCAUGAGUGAUAACUACGAGGCUCGUUUCGGCGCGUUUGGCGAGCCGUUUGAAGAGAGUCCUUUCUUCAAGAUUUUUGCCAAUAUCGUACUCCAAGCAUGGGGACCUCGAGAAGCAAUGAUAGGCAAAUCAGGAGGGUCGUUGGUCAUACCGAGAAUUGUAUUGUCGCUUCGAGAGAAGAUGGCGCAAGUAGCGCUGAACGCGCAUAUUGCGCAGAAACCCGGCGUAGCUAGUGAUCCCCAAUUUCUUAUGUCUACGCCAAUAGAGUUUGGUAGUCACCCCGCGUUCUACGGCAUAGUAGGACAAGAGGACUGGUCAAAUGGGCCUACAUUUGAUCCGUUGGAUAUCGAUGUCAAUCAAUUGGACUGGUCCGUCAUGGAUUGGAACUUACCAACCGGUGCUGGGCCUGGCCUAUCAAUGCCGUAGCCCGACGAUAACCAUCAUGUGUGUACGAAUAAAUCUGUCGGUUGUGGGAAAACAUCUCCUCUUGUUCACUGGGUAGACCUCACCUCACUCUGUAAAUUAAUUGAAACGAGUCCGCUUAGAUCAAUG